AUGCCUCCCAAGCAAGUCGUCUUUUCUUCCGGCCGCCCCCAGAAGGGCUUCAUCGGCACCGCCUACGAUGAGAUCACUCACCCCGAGAACACCACCAUCGUCAGAAGUCUCCUGGUCUUCGGCGCCGGUGUCGCUUUCCUUCACAGCAGCCUCGGCGAGCUCCUCCUCCCUCCGUAA